AUGUUUACUAGAUCCGCAUGCGUGGAGGAGGAGUGCGUGGACUGGGAGGGCAAGUCGGUGCCGCACGGGCUGCUGUAUGUUCCGGGCCCCGGCGUGUGCAGCCUGUGUGUGUGCUACCACUCUGAGCCCAUGUGGUGCAAGGCCAUCUAUUGCGACCCGCCAUACGUGAGUGUUACUGUGUGUUGGGCAGCAUGCGUGAAGGAGAGUGCGGAGACUAAGGGCAAGUCAGUGCCGCACGGGCUGCGGUACGUACCGGAUGCCGGCGUGUGCAGCCUGUGUGUGUGCUACAACUCCGAGCCCAUGUGGUGCAAGGCCAUCUAUUGCGACCCGCCAUACCAUGCGUGCAAGAGUGCGGGGACUGAGUGCAAGUCAUUGCCGCACGGGCUGCGGUACUUGCCGGGUGCCGGCUUGUGUAGCCUAUGUGUGUGCUACCACUCCGAGACCAUCUGGUGCAAGGCCAUCUAUUGCGACCCGCCAUACCAUGCGUGCAGGAGUACGGAGACUGAGGGCAAGUCAGUGCCGCACGGGCUGCGGUACGUGCCGGGUCCCGGCGUGUGCAGCCUGUGUGUGUGCUACCACUCCGAGCCCAUGUGGUGCAAGGCCAUCUAUUGCGACCCGCCAUACUUCUGCAAGAACUUCCGAGUGGGCGAGCGGUGCUGCGAGUUUGAGUGCCUGGACCCGCCGGGCGAGGACACGCGCUACCGCGAGCGGCAGCGGCUGCGCGCGCUCAUACUGGCCGGCAACUCGUCCGCGACGCACCUAGCUGCCUCCCUCGACCUCAACACCGGCAUCUCGCUACUAGCGCUAGUCGUCGCCAGAUUCUGGCAGCGGCUGUGCGCGCUCAUCCUGGCCGGCAACUCGUCCGCGACGCACCUGGCUGCCUCCCUCGACCUCAAUACCGGCAUCCCGCUACUAGCGCUAGUCGUCGCCAGAUUCUGGCAGCGCGCGCUCAUCCUGGCCAGCAACUUGCCAGCGACCUGGCUGCCUCCGUCGACCUCACCGGCAUCUAGCUGCUGGCGCUCGUCGUCGCCGGAUUCGUAUGAAGGCUCGACCGGACUAUUCUAA